CUAUCGUUACCCCCAAAAUCAUAACUCAUAAACAGAAACAGAAGGCGAAGAAAGCCUAAAAGCAUGGGAAUGGGCAUGGCGGGUACAGUAGCUAGGGUAUUGGGAGUAGGAACCAGGAGGAUGAGCACCAAAGUGAAUCAUUCCAUUCCCAAAGCGAUUACCAAAGCGAUCAAACCGUCUUCUUCUUCUUCCGAGUUCCGCAAGUUCCUCGGCAUUCCUCACACCUCUCGCUCUCAAAACGCCUUGUUAAUCUCCAAGUUCAUCAAGAUCAACACAUUCCGGAGCCCUGGUAUCCACAAAGACAAGAUUUGGGAGGAUAACUUGGGUAAAAUGUUGAAAGGGAAGGACAGAGUUGGUCUCCCAGAGAUUGCCAAAUUGCUGUCCCCACAAUUCAACCAAGCAGGAGGCAUGAACGCUAGCGCAAACACUGACGAUAACAAAUACCAAAUGGGCAGUGGGAAAGCUAAAGCGAAAAAGAAGAAGUAGGAAGCUGUUCCAGCAUUUACUGCCUGGACGUGAAGAGUUGAUUCUUUUGAACGCGUAUAAUCCUAUCCAGAUUGUGGUUUACUGGCAACUGUAUUUGAUUAUUUGUUUUAUUUCCCUCUCGUGGACAUCUUUGUUCUGUCCCACAAAGUUAAUGGCACUUGGGUUAUAAUUCUCCAGUAAAGAUUUGUUGGAGUUUUGAUCA